UCUAUUCAUCCUCCUCCCGCGGACCCCUUUCUCCCUCUGACCAGGGGCCCACCCCCUCCAGGCUCUGUUCUGUCAUGCCUCCCAUCAGUGCCCGGCCCACUGCCCACCCAGCCUGGCCUGUUCCCUUCCUUUCAGCCCAGCCCUCUCACCUCCUAUCCAGGGUACCCUCGCCCUCUCCCAGCUGGUCCAGCCUUCCCUGGACUGCCCCCGCCCCUCCACACCAACCUGUCUCCCUGCCCCAUAUACUCUCUUUUCCUUGCUGCGCGCCUCGCCUAACCUGCGUAGCCUCCACCGUUGGUCCCCCGUUCACCCUUUCCUCCCUGCCAAGGUGCUGCCGAGAGGCCAUGGAGCUGUGUGGCAAGAAGAAGCUUCACGCCCUGUCCCUGGCCGAGAAGAUCCAAGUGCUGGAACUCCUGGAUGAGUCCAAGAUGUCCCAGUCAGAGGUGGCCCGGCGUUUCCAGGUCUCCCAGCCUCAGAUCUCCCGCAUCUGCAAGAAUAAAGAGAAGCUGCUGGCGGACUGGUGCAGCGGCACGGCCAACCGGGAGCGCAAGCGCAAGCGGGAGUCCAAGUACAGUGGCAUCGACGAGGCUCUCCUCUGCUGGUACCACAUUGCCCGGGCCAAGGCCUGGGACGUGACGGGGCCCAUGCUGCUCCACAAAGCCAAGGAGCUGGCCGACAUCCUGGGCCAGGACUUUGUGCCCAGCAUUGGCUGGCUGGUCCGCUGGAAACGCCGAAACAACGUGGGCUUCGGGGCCCGCCACAUAUUGGCGCCUCCACUCCCCCCUGAGCCGCCUCCCCCAGCUCCCACUCCCCAGGCCCAGCUCCCUCUUUCUCUUAAAGAUUUCUCCCCAGAGGACAUUUUUGGCUGUGUUGAAGUGCCCUUGCUGUAUCGGGCAGUGCCUGGCAGAGCGGGUACAUGUGAUCGGGUGCAGGUGCUGCUGUGUGCCAACAGCAGGGGCACAGAGAAACGGCGGCUGUUGGUCAGUGGGCCCCAGGCUGCCCCACGAUGCUUCUUCGGGGUCAGCAGUGAGGCCCUGCCUGCCUCCUACCACCCUGACCGGGCCAUCCCCUGGUCGGAGUGGUUGUCACAGUUCGAUCAGGAUAUGGGGCAGCAGGGCCGGCAGGUGGCCUUGCUGAUGGCUGCCCGAGUGGUGGAGGAGGUGGCAGGCCUGCCUGGGCUCUGCCACGUGAGGCUCUUGCCUCUGUCUGCUGCGAGCCCCACGCCGCCCCUGCCCAGCUCCGUGGUCCGGGCGUUUAAGGCCCAUUACCGGUGCCGUCUGUUGAGCAAGCUGGCUGCCGCCCAGAGCGAUAGGGCUGGCAUGUCACUGGCUGAGGUCGGGAUGGGCAUCACAGUGCUGGAUGCGCUGCACAUGGCAGCAGCGGCCUGGGCCAAGGUGCCUCUCCAGCUCAUUGUGAGCAGCUUCGUUCAGGAAGGGCUGGCUCCCGGCAAAACACCACUGGCCCAGGACCAAGCCUCAGAGGUGCCUCAGGUCCCCAGUGGGCUGAGCCUCGAGGAAUUUUCCCGCUUUGUGGAUCUGGAGAGUGAGGAGCCUGUGUCUGGAGCCUGCAAAGAGGAGGUGGGCCCUGCAGACGAGGCGGGGGGCGGAGAGGACGGCUUCGAGCCCCUGCCCACCAAGGCCGAUGCCCUCCGGGCUCUGGGCACCUUGAGGAGGUGGUUGGAGUGCAGUGGCACCACCCCGGAGCUAUUUGAAAAUUUCUAUGCCUGUGAGGAGGGGGUGGAGCGACUCUGCUGCCUGUGAAGGGCCCUUCCUGCCGAAGCCCCCUCCUCUCCUGUUUCCCAUGGAAACGCCCUCUCUCAGAAGGCAGGUUGGGGGCUGGUCUCUUUCCCGUGGAAAUGGAGCUUUUGUGAAAGGUGUUGAAGGGAGACAAGUUGGGAGACCAAGUCUAGGCUCUGAGCAAAAGUUGUCCAAGCCCUGAGAAGAGAGUCUAAAGACAGGGCAUUGGGUAGUGAAGCUCAGCUGCAUAGUUUCUGAACCUCUGUGGAGGCUGGGACUUAGGAAGGUGGAAUAGGGCUUUACAGACAGACAGACCCCUUGAACUCCGUGUUCAAAACAGUUCUGCUUCUGGAAAUAAAGCUUUUAAUCAGAAAAGAGGCCAAGGUGUUAUUUUCAUGUGUGUAUGUGUGCUCAGUCAUGUCUGACU